AUGCUUUAUUGUAAACAUAUUGUGUUACCUAGAGCUAGAGAAGUGCUUAAUUCUGUUGGGAUUGGAUAUAGUUUUGGCAAAUUUUCUAUUAAAAUUGACAAAAAUAAUGAAGGAAAAAAGGAUCCAAUGAAAAUAGAAGAGUGGUUAGUUGAGGAAAAAUCUGUUGAGAAAUGGUCCCCAAAUCUUGAAACGAUUUUAGAAGAAAAUUAG